CUGAUCCAACCCUGUUUUCCAGAGGUCGCCUAUUCCCAGAGCACCGGCCAGAAGGAGCAGCUGAGCCGCUGCCUGCAGCGAGGGAUCCGGCGGGUCCAGGACCUCUGCAAGGUGCUGCAGCUCCCAGUGGUGUUUGAGGAAACGGCCGUGUCCUACUUCCAGAGGGCUCUGCGGCUCCCUGCCUUCCACCUGCUCAGCCUGGAGAAGAAGGAGCUGCUGGGGGGCUGCUGCGUGUUCGUGACGUGCCGCCAGCACAACUGGCCCCUGACCAUGGGCACCAUCUGCUCCCUCCUGUACGCCAGGCAGGACCUGUUCGCCGGUGUCUACCUGAGCCUGCAGAAGGAGCUGGGGCUGUCGGUGCCCGCCCUGAGCCUGGCAGACCUGGUGACCACACACCUCAACAGCUUCCGGCUGCUCCAGCCCUCGGCCAACGUCCCCGCGCCGUUCCUGGAGGACAAGGAGAAGCUGCUGGGCCGGACCAUGGCCAUUGUGGAGCUGGCCAGCGAGACGUGGCUGGUGACGGGCCGGCACCCCGUGCCCAUCGUCACAGCCGCGGCGUUCCUGGCCUGGCAGUCGCUGCGGCCCGGCCCGCGCCUCUCGUGCCCCUUGGCGCGGUUCUGCCGCCUGGCCGGGGUGGAUCUGCCGCCCCCGGCCCACCUCAGGCUGAAGGAGCUGCUGGAGAUCCUGCAGGGAAUGGCCUCCCAGCUCUCCUGGCUGCGCGGCUUUGACCUGGACAAGAAAACGGUGGUGAAGCACAUCGGGGACCUGCUGCAGCACCGCGUGUUCCUGCUGAAAAACGCCUUCAGCCAGCAGGACGGGGAGGAGCAGCAGGACACGGCCCCGGGUCAGGGCUCCCCAGGCCAGGAUCCUGGGGGCUCCCUGGUUAAGGACUCCCUGGAUAAAGAUUCCCCAGGCCAGGAUCCUGGGGGCUCCCCAAAUAAGGACUCCCCGGAUAAAGAUUCCCAGGAGGGCUCCCCAGGCCAGGAUCCUGGGGGCUCCUCAGAUAAGAACUCCUCAGGCCAGGAUCCUGUGGGCUCCCUGGAUGAGGAUUCCCUGGAUAAAGAUUCCCCAGGCCAGGAUCCUGGGGGCUCCCUGGAUAAGGACUCCCCGGAUAAGGACUCCUCAGGCCAGGAUUCCCCAGGCCAGGAUCCUGUGGGCUCCCCAAAUAAGGACUCCCCGGAUAAAGAUUCCCCAGGCCAGGGCUCCUCAGGCCAGGAUCCUGGGGGCUCCUCAGAUAAGGACUCCCUGGAUAAGGACUCCUCAGAUAAGGACUCCCCAGGCCAGGGCUCUCCCAGCUCUCCUCCAGUGACACAGGAGCAGGGCUGUCCCUCGGCAGGGAAGCCCCGGCGUGGGGGCACCCUGAGGCCGCUGCUCCCACCCUGUCUCAUCCACCCGAGGAAGAGGCUGCGCCCGGUGGCUCCGAGCGCCCCGGCCUCGGCCCUGACGGGCGACGAGCCCAUCUCGGACAGCGAGAUCGAGCAGUACCUGCGCAGCCCCGACGAGAUCCGCGCCUUCAGAAAGGCCAAGGCCUGGCUGUGACGGUGGCCCAGAGGACGGUGCUGCCAGGGACAGUUUGGGGACUAAAAGUGUGAAGCCCAGCCGGGACAGAGUGAUUGUGCUGCAGAGACUGGCACCCAGGGAAUGGGGCCGUGGGGAGGGAGCAGCCUGGGUCCUCCUUAAGGUGCUGGACCAAAAUGGGGUUUUUAUGGAGUGACUGCUUCAGGUCACGUUACAUUUCUAUUAAAAAUAAAUAAAAGUGCAAGUGCCAGGUUUUCCAGGGGUAGCCUCACCUUGGAUUUCUCAUUCUUCAGCAGAAUGACUUUGUGAGAGUCAAAAAACUGCAAGCCAGGCUGUAUUUGAACAUGAAGUCUGAGAGAAAUAACAGUAGGUCUUGGCAGAUUGGCAUAUCUUUAAUAUAUUAAACAAAACAUAUCUGCUA